CAGUUGUGUCAGAGAGAGUUGUCGACUAGUAUUAUCUGUUUUUGUUAAAAAAAAAUCUUUGAUCAAGUUGACUGUGGCAAGAUUACACUUGUUACCCGGUACAAUAGCAUUUCUCGAGAAUAGACGCGGGCUUUGUUUUUGUUUUGAAGCAUACGCGACACUCGAUGCCGCGCGUCUACCGCACGCAUGCCAACAUAAUUCAAAGUGGUGUAGCAUUCAGUGCUGUGACUUAUGACCCUUUUGAGAAUAUACAUUGGAGCUAGAAGUAGUUUACACCGAUAUCAUCUGACAUUUUUCAGCGCGACAGAAAGGGGACGUCAUCGACUGCUGAGCGGCAAGAGACGAAAAAUCAGCUGGCUGGUGAAUCGUCGAAUCGUCGAGAGACAGGAGCACAGCAUAACGCACACUGAGAUCACGCAGAGACGCGUUCUCCAGGAGAAGGGCCCCGACAUGCCGCAAUACACCGGACAGAGUGAUGCAGAUUACCACGGAAGUAACGGCCAGGCGGAUACCCAUUCGUUGCAUUCGUCUCAUUUAUCUGUCCAGGAGGAUCCAUUACUCAUCCGGAGCCAUAAGCAGCAAACUACUCAACAAGUAACAAACGUCUCGAAGGUGGUGCGCGAGGUGUCACACAUGGAGCCGGAUCCGGGCGCGGUGAGCUACAUGUCGGUGCCGUUGAUGUCCCAGGACUACCAGCACGCCGACCGACGGUACCCGGCCGACUCCUACAUGGUCGGUUUCGAGCAUUACGAGCCCUACCUCGGCUAUCCGCCCCAACCAGGGUAUCCAGGCCCUCAUGGAAUCUACAUGCCACGCUCGCACUCCCCUCACAGCCCCCACAGUCCUUCGGAGCACAGUCGUGCCUCGCCUCCGCAUGAAUACCUGCGCAAGGCGGCGCCGUACGUGGAAGGAGGUUACAACGACAUCGAUCCAGGUUUGAAUCCCGCGUUGCAAGAUCAUUAUCGUAUUACUCCUAGUCCUGGUGGCCCUGGAGAUCAAUAUGAUCAAAUCAGCAACUCUUGGAAUAUGGAUGACUCCGGCGAACCCUCUCAGCAUCCUCAUGACGAGAACAAAGUGGCCUACGGUUACGUGUCCCCGUCCCCGUACGGGCCGGUCGGAUACGGCCCUGGCGUCGGCGUGGGUCCGGUCCAGGUUCCCAGCGACGUGCCCGGCUACGACGAGGGCCACCCGGUCCCGCUGCCCGCGGGCGUGCCGGCCGGCAUGUUCGACGACGAGGUCCACCUGCAACGGCUGCAGUCGCGCCACCCUGUCGUGGCCGGGAUGGCGAGCCCGUUGGACGACGACCAGAAGUCGAUGAGAUGGCGGGACCCGAAUCUGUCGGAGGUGAUCGGCUUCCUCAGCAACCCGAACAACGUAAUCAAGGCGAACGCCGCCGCUUACCUGCAACACCUGUGCUACAUGGACGACCCGAACAAGCAGAAGACGCGUAGCCUGGGCGGUAUACCGCCCCUGGUUCAGUUGCUCGACCACGACAAUCCGGACGUGUACAGGAACGCGUGCGGCGCGUUGAGGAACUUGUCGUACGGGAGGCAGAACGACGAGAACAAGAGGGCCAUCAAGAACGCGGGCGGUGUCCCCGCGUUGAUCAAUCUGCUUAGGAGAACGUCCGACGCGGACGUCAAGGAGCUGGUCACGGGGGUCCUGUGGAAUUUGUCCUCGUGCGAGGACCUGAAGAAAUCCAUCAUCGACGACGGCGUGACGAUGGUGGUGAACAACAUAAUAAUCCCUCACAGCGGCUGGGAUCCGAGCUCCUCGAGCGGGGAGACGUGCUGGUCGACCGUGUUCAGAAACGCUUCCGGGGUGUUGAGAAACGUGUCGAGCGCCGGCGAAUACGCGAGGAAGAAGCUGCGAGAGUGCGACGGUUUGGUGGACGCCCUCCUCUACGUGGUCCGAUCCGCCAUCGAGAAAUCGAACAUCGGGAACAAGAUAGUGGAGAAUUGCGUGUGCAUCCUGCGAAACCUGAGCUAUCGUUGCCAGGAGGUGGAGGAUCCGAAUUACGACAAACACCCGAUCCAAUCGACGGUUCAGAACAGGGUAGCCGCGCCCGCCAAAGCAUACAGUUUAUGUCAAGGUGAGAAUCUUGGUUGUUUCGGUGGCAGCAAGAAGAAGAAGGACGGACAACCUGUGCAAAAAGAGACGACCGCGUCGCGCACAACGACCAGUCCGAGAACCGAACCCGUCAGAGGCAUGGAGCUCCUCUGGCAACCGGAGGUCGUCCAAUCCUAUCUGAAGCUGCUGCAGACGUGCUCGAAUCCUGAGACCCUCGAGGCGGCGGCAGGCGCGCUUCAGAACCUCGCAGCCUGUUAUUGGCAGCCCAGUAUCGAGAUUCGAGCCGCUGUGAGAAAGGAGAAAGGGCUUCCCAUUUUGGUGGAGCUGCUGCGGAUGGAGGUGGACCGCGUGGUCUGCGCCGUGGCCACGGCUCUCAGGAAUCUCGCGAUAGAUCAACGGAACAAGGAGCUGAUAGGCAAGUACGCGAUGCGGGAUCUUAUUCAAAAGUUACCCUCGGGGAAUAAUCAGCACGACCAGGGAACCAGCGACGAUACAAUCGCCGCUGUCCUCGCCACGUUGAACGAGGUGAUCAAGAAGAACGCCGAGUUCUCGCGAUCUCUAUUGGACGCUGGGGGUGUCGACAGACUGAUGAACAUCACCAGGCAACGCCAAAAGUACACGCCCCGUGUUCUUAAAUUUGCAGGACAAGUCUUGUUCACGAUGUGGCAGCACCAAGAGUUGAGAGACGUUUACAAGAAGCACGGUUGGAAGGAGCAAGAUUUUGUAACGAAAACGGUGGCUGCGCGAAAUUCAGGGCCUAAUUCACCCAACAACGCGAAUAGCUAUGAUUGUAGCACGUUGAAUCGACCGAUGGCGAGUCAAGGGAGCACCAGAUACGAGGACAGAACGAUCCAGAGAGCGAACAUGAACUCGAAUAACGUUGGUCGACCUACCAUUUAUCAGCCUCAACCGAAACCCGGUGAGCCGCUCUACGCGCAAGUUAACUUGGAGAAGAAAAAGAAGCGGCAGUAUGAGCUGGGGGUGGGCCAGGCGCAGGGUCAGGGGGCGGUGGUCGGCUCGGGGGUGGCGCCCAAUGUGCCCGCGGCCGGCCAAUGGGUGGCCGACGGCGUGGGCGUCCCCGACGGCUCGGCCGCGACAGCGACGGUGAACGUGCCACCCAACUCGACGGCCGCCUCGGCGGGCGACUCCUGGGUAUAACAGGCGAUCCGUGUCCAGGAUCCAACCGCCAGGAUCCCUCCCUCGAGGGCUGCCCCAGAAUCGGAACAACGUUUCCCCCCCACCUCCCAGGAGGGAGAAUUGAGAGGAGAGAGGAGGACUGCUGUCUCCGACGAAGAGAGGGGGAAGGGGAGGGGAGAGUAUUGGAGGGAUUGAUAGAGAGGGCAUUGAGCAUGGACGAGUUUUAUUAUUAUUAUUAAUUGACAGUUUUUCUCUUCUUUGUCCGGGUUAGUUAGUUUCCUUAUGGAGGAAGAAGGGAGAGGAGGAGAAGAAGAAGAAGAAAAAGAGGGUGUAGAGAAGUGUUGGAGGAAGGGGAGAUGUUUGGAUUGUCGAGCACGUGUGCUCGAGGCGUAUAUCGUAUCCUUUCUUUGGGAGAAAGAACAAGAGAGACGGGAAUAUAGAAAUUUGUUUUUUGAAGGAAAAGAAGAAAAAAGGAAAAAAAAGAAAAAAAGAAAUCGCACUCCGCACCCCCCAUGUUAUUAUAUCGAUGUAUAGUAGAUGAACGUUAGCGAGGAACGAAAAGGGAAAAAAAAAAAAAGAAAAAAACAGCGACUUGUCCGACCACAUCCGCAGCAGUAGUCGCACCAAUGGCUCUAAACCUUCAUUGCACAAUUCUAAAUUAAUAUAUACUAUAUAUAUAUAAAUAUAAAUAUAAAUAUUAUAUAUAUAUAUAUAUACAUACACACAUACAUAUAUAUACACACACGCGCGCACAUCACACAUCACACACACGUACACAUAUAUAUGUAUAUUUUAACAACGGUCAAGAUAACGGGAUAAGAUACUGAACCCCCCGAUUGGCCGUUAAAAAUUACUACUAAGGAUAAGUAGGCGGUAUUAUUACGAUUAUUAUUAUUAUUAUUAUUAUUGAUAAUAUCAUCGAGUAUGACGCGGUGGUGUUGCCGUCGUUAUAAAUACAGGAAGGGUAUAAAAAUGAAUGAAUAUAUAAAUAUAUUAUAUAUAUAUAGAGAUAUAUUAUACAAUACCGUAUACCACGGUACACCACGAUCACAGACAGCGUAUCGAUUACUUAUUAUUAUUAUUAUAUUAUAUUAUAUUAUAUUAUUAUUAUAUUAUUAUUAUUAUUAUUAUUAUUAUUAUUAUUAUUAUUAUUAUUAUUAUUAUUAUUAUUAUUGUAUUACGUAAACUUCUGAGGCUGUGGGUGUGGCAUGUUACACGAGGAUGUUUCGAAUAUUUGCGAGCUGCACUUUUUGUUUUUUUUCUUUUCUCCGAUUUUUUUUCCCGAAUUGAAUGCGCGCGCAUGCGCGCGCGAGAGAGAGAGAGAAUGCGUGAAAAGGGAAACGAAAAACAAAAAAAGAAGAAGAAGAGGAAGAAGAAAGAAAAUGGAAAAUGGAUGUGUGUGUAUGUAUGCGAGAGAGAGAUAGAGAGUGUGUGCGAGCUACCAUACUUUUGUCUGCCUGCCCGUAUAUAAAAAAAAACUGUCCACUCGCGAACGUAGUAAUGUAAGAGAGAGAGAGAGAGAGGCAAGAAAAAGGUAUCUUAAAAAAAGUCUGCAUUUAUUCUCGAGGAAUGAGACGGAAAGAUAAGGAAAAUAAGAAGCAAGAUGAGCAAAAAGGAGAGAGAGAAUUUUUUAUGGUUCUUCGCUGUUAUUGUACUUCUUCAUAUUCUAGAAUAUCGCGAUAAAAACGAUUCGAAAUAGGAAAGAGAGAGAGAGAGAGAGAGAGAGAGAGAGCGAGCGAGGAGAGUGAGAAGAAAAGGGAGGUGAAAAUGAAGGAGGAAAGAGGGGGUUUAACGAAAGUAUAGAGAACGGAUAAAAGUGGGAAUAAUGUGAUGUUCAAUGUUAUCAGAAUGUUUGACAGAGAUGACAUUAUUGAUAGCCGAUAUACAUAUUAUAUAUAUAUAUAGAUAUAUAUACAUAUAUAUUAUAUAUAUACAAAUAAAUAUAUCCUUGUUCUAUUUCUUAAAUAAUAUUAUUACGACAGUUGAAAGAGAAUAAAAAGAAAAGAAAAGAAAAAUCGAGUGUGUUCGCGAUUAUAUAAUAUAGUCAUCAGAGAGAGAGAGAGAGAGAGAGAAAGAGAAAAGAUGUAACACCAACGCGCGAAGGGCGUUAAAAGAAUUAUUGUGCACGAUUGAUAAUUCACCUUCGAAUUCAGAAUUAUAUAUACACAGAUCUAUAUAUAUAUAUAUAUAUACACACGUGCCACACACAUAAACACACAUACACAUACAGCAUACACACGUUAAAAGAAAAAGUAUGAUAUAAACUGCUUCUUCGCGGUCACGAUCGAUUUAAAAUUGAAAGAGAGAGAGAAAGAGAAAGAAAGAUAAGAAAAGAAAAAUAAUUCGAUUCCGUCGAUCGUCGUCUCGCUGUAUAACCGGUCCAAAUUUAAAUCAUUGUUUAUCCUCUCUCUGUCAUCCAUACAUAGUCGUCCAUACGCACUUUACCUCGUAUUUUGUACAUAUAUAUAUAUAUAUAUAUAUAUAUAUAUUCAUCCUUCCGCAUGGAGAAUCUAACGAGAUCGAACGAGAGACGAGAUCGAAUAAUUGGAAAUAAUCGGAACGUACGAUCGUAGACGAGAAGCAAGAAGCGGAAAGCUGUAUUUCGCCAGGUAAUAUUCUCGAUAGCGGGUAAUCGAUCGAUCGACCCUCCUCGAGGAGGAAUCGAAGCGAGCUAAUCGCGCGAUCGUUUCUGCUCCCUUUCGCAACGCCACCGUUUUAACAUCGCUGUUACAACGUAUAUCGCGAUCAGGCGAGACAUCGUUGCGAUAUGUGUAUAUGUAUAUAUAUAUAUAUAUAUAUAUAUAUAUAUACACACACACGAGGCAAUAUUUCAUCGCGACGAUUCGUAACGAAUCUCGAGCAGGAACGAGAGCACGCUUCGAAGCGAGUAAAAAAGAAAAAGCGCCUCGAAAAGAGGCGAAUUAUUUCGAGCUUAUCUUACGGAUCCUAUUACCAGAUCCUUCGGCGCGCCAAUUCGCCUCUUAGAGGGCGCCUCUUGGACCAUUCCGCUCAACGUGACACGCGCGGCUCCGAUCAAUCCUCGCCCCCCUCUUCCACCUUCUUCUUCGAAUCUUCAAGCUCGGAAUUCGAAAUUUCGUUCGAAGGACAUGGGAAUUGGACGGAAUCGGGUGAAAAUUAAUUUUUUCCAAGGAUUGGAAUUUUUUUUUUUCUCUUUUGAAAAAUGACAAGAAUAGGAUCGAAAUCGUAUUCGAGGAUGAAAUUGAUCGAGAUCGGCGAUGUUGGAAGGUUCGUUGGGUGGGUUGGGGGGGGUCGGGGGAGCCGCCACGAUCUACACGAACGAAACGAAGAUUUUUGAUAUCCGCUUUUUUAUUGUUUUCACGUACCAGCGUUUCUAAUUUUCUACGAGGAUUAACGAGCGCGAGAGGGAGAGAGUGAAUGUGUGUGAGAAAGAGAGAGAGAGAAAAUUGGUGGAGGGAGAGACGAAGGAUUUUUGUAAAAGUAGUCUGUGGAGUGACACGCUCGCAGAAGAAAAAAAAGAUGAAAAAAAAAAAAAGAAAAAUUCGUUGAAAGAAAAUGUCGUACGAUAAGAAGACCCGAAGGCUGACCAAUUUGAAAAUUUGCAUUUUUGCAAGGGGAAACUUGAAUCGUUACAAAUGGAAAUUUUAAAAAUUUUUAAAUUGUUUCGGAAUCGAAUUUUAUAUCUUUUCGUGUGUAUCUUGAAUCGAAACUCUGGAAUCGAUUUGUCGAUAAAAGUAGAAUUCUCCAUGGCCAACAGCCAAUUUUCGUCCCUACUUCUUCAAAGAAAUUUCACCACGUAUUAUCGAAAUUUUUCUUCCCAAAAUUUCCAUAUAAUCCUCUUUCGGGAGGAGAGCCAAGUUUCCAGACACGGCUAUUGGGUUAUUGUUGUUCGGCCCUCGAUCGAUAAGAGGAUUGGAGGAAAAAAAGAAAAAAAAAGAAAAAAAAAAA